AUGAAGUUCAUUACAAUUAUUUCUGUUAUUUUGAUCGUUUUGGCUGUGGCUUACAAAACUUUUGCACAAACAACAGCAGCAGCAACAACAGCUGCAACAACUGCAGCAACAACUGCAGCAACAACAGCAGCAACAACAGCAGCAACAACUGCAGCAACAACUGCAGCAACAACCGCAGCAACAACUGUAGCAACAACCGCAGCAGCAACUGCAUCAACAUCAAAUAAAAGAAGAGUUAGAACAAAUGGAAGGAAACAAAUCCGUAUAAAAAGAAUAAAUAAACAGCCUACUGCAACGGGGGUUCGUCGUAGGGUUAAGUAUCCAAAAGUUUCUUAUCCUAACUAUGCUAUUCUUCGUAAACUGCAGCAACAACAGCUGCAACAACUGCAGCAACAACUGCAGCAACAACUGCAGCAACAACUGCAGCAACUACUGCAGCAACAACAGCAGGAAGACAAGUACAACGCCGGCCAGCGGGCAAUACCGGCCACCCCCGUAUCUCCAAAUCUAACAGGUGCUUUAAAGAUUAAAGUUGAAAUAUUUUUAAAAUGUGGUUUGGCAGCAGCUUAUUCUUAUGUGUAA